CAAAAAUGCUAGGAGUACCUCAAAUAUACCCCAUCUUAUACCCCAUAUAAAACCUCCCCUUUUUACCAUCCUUUUUACCCCCUUUUCUCUCACAUCUCUCAUACUCUACCCACUCUCUUCUUUUCCGUCAAAAACACACCCCCCUUCCUUUGUUCGAGGCUGCUACAGUACUCAAGCCAAGCUCCACAAACCUUCCUCCUUCAUCUUCUUGAAUGGAUAUCAUGGGGACUGAGGUGCAUUUGGACGAGUUGAGUGGGGAAGAAGGUCAACUGAAUGGUUUGACAUGGGGAGAUGACGUGGGUGACGCUGUGGGUGACGGUGGUAAUCUCCCAUCUCCGGUGGGUGUUGAACUGAAUGCGACUUCAAGGGAAGAAGUUGAAGAAGGUGUGGAAGUUGAAGCUUUGGACUGUUUGGAGAAGGAUAAAGUGGAAGAAGAGAUUUGUAAUAAAGUUCCCUUUGUUGGCAUGGAGUUCCCAAGUAAAGAUGCAGUCCAUGAUUUUUACAAGGAAUACGGGAGAAGAGUAGGGUUUCCUGUUAGAAUACGAAAUUCAAGGAAAGACGCGGAUGGAAGCAAAAUUGCAAUUGCAUUACAGUGCGGGCAUGCGGGAAAUAGACAAAGUCGGGCACAAAAUGUUUUUAAACCUCAACCUUCAAUGCAAUUUGGUUGCUUGGCUAAAAUUAGAGCACGUAUAAAUUAUGAAGGAGCAUGGGUCAUUUCAACGUGUUGUUUAGAUCAUAACCACCCUAUGAGUCCAACGAAGGCUAGACUAUUUCGGUGUUAUAGGAGGUUGACACCAAAAGCUAUGAAGCAAAUUGCAAUCAAUGAUGUCGCGGGUAUACGACUUAAUAAGAGUUUCCACUCACAGGUCGUAGAAGCAGGUGGAUAUGAUCAACUUCCAUUCAUUGAAAAGGAUUGUCGGAACUAUAUAGAUAAGGUGCGUCAACUUAGGUUGGGGGUUGGUGAUGCAGUUGCAUUGCAAGAUUUUUUUUUAAAAAUGCAAGCACAAUGCUCCGGGUUCUUCUUUAUGCUUGAUUUGGAUGAAGAGUCACGCUUACGGAAUGUAUUUUGGGCGGACAAUCGAUGUCGAUAUGCUUACAAAGAUUUUGGUGAUGUUAUUACUUUUGACACGACAUAUCUUACCAAUCGUUAUGACAUGCCAUUCGCGCCAUUUGUAGGAGUGAAUCACCACGGACAAUCAAUCUUGCUUGGUUGUGGCCUCAUCUCGAGUGAAGAUACGCAAACGUUUGUGUGGCUUUUUAGAGCUUGGCUUGAGUGUAUGGACGGUAUUGCCCCUCACGGAAUUAUUACCGACCAAGAUCGUGCUAUGCAAAAUGCCAUCCAACUAGUGUUUCCAAAUACACGACACCGAUGGUGUUUAUGGCACAUAAUGAAGAAGCUUCCGGAGAAGUUGGGUGGGUUUACCCAUAAAGAUGAAAUUAUGGCCGGUAUACAUGAUGCAGUAUAUGACUCUCAAUUCCCUGUUGACUUUGAAGUUGGUUGGAAUUCACAUUUGGAAAGGUAUUCACUUCAAGAUGAUGAAUGGCUUAAGGUCAUGUUUGAAGAACGCCAAAGGUGGGUACCUUGUUACUUGAAAACUUCAUUCUGGGCAGGUAUGUCCACAACUCAACGAAGUGAGAGCAUCAACGCUUUCUUCGACCUUUUUGUGCAUUCUAAAACAAGUCUAAAACAAUUCGUGGAGCAAUAUGGUUGUGCCUUAAAAUUUAAGGCUGAAAAAGAGUUUCAAGCGGACGCUGAGUCAUUUUCAAAAUUGGUACCGUGUGUUUCGAAAUUUCCUAUGGAGAAACAAAUGCAAGGUAUAUACACAAUGGCGAAGUUCAAGGAGUUUCGAGAUGAAGUGGUUGGCAAGCUUUAUUGUGACAUCAUUCAAUGGGAUGGCGGUAAAAUUUAUCAUGUCAAAGAAGAAGUUAAAAUAACAGAGGACUUUUACAAGACUGUUUACUUCAUAGUGGAAUAUGAUUCUGGCUUGUGUGAAUGCAAAUGUAGUUGUCAUUUGUUUGAAUUUAGAGGCAUUGUGUGUAGACAUAUGUUUAUGGUUCUACAGCGCAACGAUGUUAAAAUCUUGCCUGAGGUGUACAUCAUGCGGAGAUGGAGGCAAGAUGUAAAGCGCCCUUACACACGAGUGAAAAUAAACUAUGAUGGGUGGAUCACAACAGUGCAGCAACAACGGUAUGACAAGUUGUGUAAGACUUUUGAAGAUCUUGCAAAUGCCAUUGCCGAUGAUGAGGAAAAGUAUAAAAGCGUUAUGCAAUGGAUGCAAGACCAAUUGCAUAAGUGUGCCGGGUCAACUACAACUUAUUCCGUUUGUGGUGUUAUGACACAACUUCCACAAUUACAUACAAAUGUGCAUGGGGAGGCGCCGGGUCCAAUUCAAGAUCCGAAGAUCACAAAAAGGAAGGGUGCACCGAGGAAAAACCGCAUAAAAGGCCCUCUUGAAAAAUCAAAGAAGAAUCAAAAGGCGGAUCCAAAACCAAAUAAAUCAAGGAAGAACCCUAGUGGAAUGCACACAAGUGACAUUGCCUCAAAUCAAAUUUAUGAUUUUAGUGUAUUAACACCCUGUGUCAAUGAUAAGGGGUUGGAUUUGAAUCUACGCUUAUUAUGAAUGA